AUGCAACGUAUUGCACGAGCAAAAUAUAUUGUUGGCCGACCAACUCAUAGUCCUCGAUAUAAUAAAAGGUAUAGCCACUAUAAAAAACUUAAAAGAGAUGAUACGGCAGAAAAAGACGAUUCCAAAAACAAAGAUGACAAGCAAACGAACAGCAAGCAAACAGAGAAAGACAAAAGUGAAGAUCAAGAAGAAAGCGUUACUAUACCUACAUCGAGCACUGUAAUGACUAACAGUCUUCAAUCCAGUGCAAUAUGUCCUGACCUAGCAAGGUGCAAAACUUUCAAUUUUCGCGCAAGAGAUAAAGCACAAAACUCAGAAGAGAAUAUGGCAAUUCCAAAAAGAAAAUUCUUGCUACUCUUAAAUUAA